AUGGCAGACAGCAUAGGCAUAGUCAUUGACAGGGCCUGUCAGGAUCCGGAAGGCAAAACUGACGAGGAGUCCUGCAGCCGCUUGAAGCUGCACGUGCGGCACUUUGCAGCCGAUCAGUGCACAUCUGCCCGGAAGUGUGGCAGGUUGUUGGUCACUGGCGGCCAGUAUCCUAACCUGGUCUGGGUAAGCCAUGAUCCUGCGCACCAGGUUCGUAUUGCCUACCAGGACCCUCUUCACGCCAUGCCCGAGUUCCAAGACCAGUGGGAGCGUUUGUUUGCUCCCGGCAAGGGCAAGCAUGCGCUUAUCCCAGACAUCCAGAACUCAGAAGUCUGGAAGGCCAGGCUCAUGGCGGCCCAGCAAGAGGUUCUCAGGCUCCAUGGCUCCCAGGCUGGUGUGGAGAAGGUGAUCCGAGCGUUGUCGUUCUCCCAACCUCGGUUUGACUCGUCGGCCACACCAAUGCUGAAGUACUUGUGCAUGAUUCGUGCGAUGUCGGUCUUAUGUGCUAUGCAGGCUGCUGACGAGUCUUGUCCUUAUGAGAGAAACACGGUCGAGAUUCGCUCCCGAGCAGAGCGCGCCUUGCAAAACAUGAAUGCAGCAGCCCUCAUGCGCUGUGGACUCACUUGCGACUACACAUUUGAGUGCCUGGGUUUCUUGCGCAGGAACUUUGACAUUGAGGAUCCAGAUGUAUCCUGCACCCCCAGAGUGCUGGAAGAGUUCACCAAGCGCCAGCGGUUCUUAUUUGUGGAUGGAUACAGCCUCUCCGACAGCUCGCAGGUUCCCAGUUCCGUGGACGGCUCCGAGGCUCCAGGCUCCCAGGCUCCCAGGAGGUGUGCAACCCAGUUAGUUUACGAGGAGAUCCAGACACCAGAGCCGAUCGUCUAUGGCAACAGAGUCCACUACCUGUGCACGAAGGAUGAGAUCGCCGUGGCUCUGCAGGUAUUCAACCUUCGGCUGUGGCAGGAGACGAACCGACAACAGGUUCGCUUGUGUUCCAGCGCAGGGGAGAUUGCGAAGAGUCGCAAUCUUGCUUCAGAGAAAGUCAAGGCACUCGGGCACCCUGGCCUGUCCGACACCUUUUGGACAUUUGCAAAGACUGUCCAGCUGCUCAAGGUCGAAAAAGUCCAGGAUGGUGAGGAACAGAACUUGAGGUACAACAACACCUUGUACAACAAGGCCUUACACCAGGCUGCCACAGCAGCUGUUGCAGUGCUGCGGGGUCCAUCCGGUCCCGUGGAGAAGGCUGACCGGAGAUUGGAGCUGGAAUUUGGGCGGGGCAUCUUGAGCAGUCAGUACUCGAAGUUGAGCAAGCUGUUAUCGCUGACCAACAAGCUCGCAUCUGCUACCAGAAACGCUGUAGACCUGACGGCCUGGAUGCUCGACUCCUUGACGCUGGCCCUGCGCAUGAACAUGGUCACGCCAGCUAAAUGCACCGAGAAGUUUCUGGAUCGAGACCGGAAGACAGGCGAUGCUGGCUUUUGGUUGUCGCGCAUGCUGGUGGUGCAGGUCUUCGAUUAUGCAGCAAAGCUGGCGAACAAGUUGCCUGAGCCGGACAAGGUUAAGCUGACAGGGAUUUUGGCUGAACUCCGUUGCCCUUCCACAUGUUGGGAGAAAUAUCUCCGCCAUGCUGAUGCUGAUCAAGGGGCUGCUGGAGAGGACGACAUGGACGGCGAGGACCCAGAGGACGUGGAGCGCCCUGUUCCGCAGUCCAAGAUUGGAGCUGUUAAAGAGGGUUUCAACAAAGCCAUUGGGAUGCUUUUGGAUUUGCUGCUGGAGCUGAUGUCGGGGAAGUACUACAAGGAUUGCUGCAUGCUGGCUUCGAGUGAAGAUGGCCUUGCAAAGGCAUUGACAGCUGCACAGCUCGGAAGCUCGGAUGACACGGAGCACGAGGAGCCAUGUGCGCUUAUCACUCAGAUGAAGAUCAUUGUCGACAAGUUCGACAACAGCACGAAGUCCGUUGGUGCCACAUCUGCGGCUCCUGCUCCGAGUUUGCUCCAAAGCCUGUCCAAGGCUUCUGAAGCUGACACACCCGAGGAAUGUGUCGAGCGUGAGCGGCAGUGGAAGGCGGUGCAAACGGAACGCCGCAAGUUCGUGUCGUUCUCGGUAACGAACAAGAUCUCGAAGGACUGCCUAGUCAAUGCGUUCAGAGGUUGCGGCAAGGUCUUCACGCACAAGGGCACCUUAAACUCUUCGCACCGCCUGAUCGUUGCCAGUGCGGAUCUCUUGGCAGAGGCUGGUACCGGCCCGUGGCUCAAGGGCACUCCGCCAAGCGAGGAAUGGAAAGAGAUCUGUGCCUUUGCCAAAGACAUUUCUGGGCCCGAGGAUUUCGUUGUACUCUUCGACGGCAGAAUGCGGGAAAUUCGCCGCGUGUCCGAAGACCUCCUGCUGAACCAGCAGCACACCGAGGAGUGCACCAUCGUGUACUCAGGUGGGUGCCCGCCGAGAACUGGUCGCACUCGCCGCGUUCCGCUGGCUGCAAAGAAGGUGGAGACAGGAGCGGUUAAGUCCCCGGUCGCACGCACCAAGAUUCAGACGACGAAGAAAGGCUCCUUCACAGUCUGCGGCGAGGCUUCUACGUACCAAGGCACUUACUCAGGCGUGGAGUACCGUGCGGUUUCUGAAAUGCCCCUCGUGUCUGCAGACACCAAGAAGAAGAUCAUUGCUCCGGCAACAACCGGCGACCUCCCGACACCGCCAGAGGACUGGCAGGAUCGCCACGGCGCCGACGUACCCUUGUUCUGGAACGAGUCGAAGCCGAUAGCAUAUUGGAAUGCCAUCAUUGAGGAGUUUUGCGCGGAGGCAGUGUUUGACCUCACGGCUGGCACCGGUGCUCUGAUGGAGGCUUCUUUGACUGCCGGCAUCGCAUACCACGGGCUUUGCAGCCUCAACAAGGAGCACAUGUCGUGGGUCCAGGCGGUUGCUGAUCGCGCAGCUUGCGGAAUGAUGGCUUUGGAGGGAUCCACUCUUUACUCGGACGAGAAUGCCAAGGCGGUGAAGAAGCAUUUCCCGCACGUUCUGGAGAGCUUGUCCAACCAAGACGACCAGGACGAGGCACCUGCUGAGCCAGAUAGCCCCCGCGAUCAACCGCAGUGA